AGGUCAAAAGUACUGAAGUUUAAAAGAUUUUGAAGCUAAGGUUGAAGCAUUGGCUGCCACUGUGGGGGCUCUGGCUGGGAUAGGCAAGGAAGGCCACAGCUGCACCCGCCGCAGCCGCCACGAUGCAGAGCAUCAAGUGUGUGGUGGUGGGCGACGGGGCAGUGGGCAAGACGUGCCUUCUCAUCUGCUAUACCACUAAUGCCUUCCCUAAGGAGUAUAUCCCAACAGUGUUCGACAACUACAGUGCCCAAAGCACUGUGGAUGGGCGUACAGUCAAUCUGAACCUGUGGGACACAGCAGGCCAGGAGGAGUAUGACCGGCUACGCACCCUGUCCUAUCCCCAGACCAACGUCUUUGUUAUCUGCUUCUCCAUUGCGAGCCCACCUUCCUAUGAGAACGUGCGGCACAAGUGGUACCCAGAAGUAUGUCACCACUGCCCUGAUGUGCCCAUCCUGCUCGUGGGCACCAAGAAGGACCUGCGGGCCCACCCAGAUGCCAUAAGGCGGCUGAAAGAGCAGGGCCAAGCACCCAUCACACCCCAGCAGGGUGUAGCCCUGAGCAAGCAGAUCCAUGCUGUUCGAUACCUCGAGUGCUCUGCGCUGCAGCAGGAAGGCGUCAAAGAAGUGUUUGCUGAGGCCGUCCGGGCUGUGCUCAAUCCAACACCACUCAAACGGGGUCGCUCCUGUUUCCUCUUAUGAUUCCCUAACCCUGGGAGGGGAAAGAUCCCUUCCUCACCCCUGCUGACCAUGUCCUGGGGCUUGUCAUCUGUUUGUUCAUCUUCCUGAGCCCCCUUUUCCCCUCUCCCACCUCAGCCAGAUGUGCCUUGGUCCCCUUUUCCCCUCCAGGUCUGAUUGGUUUCCCCUUUCUUACUCCAGCCAUGUUCUUACCCUUUCCCUCUCAUACCCUCCCCAUUCAAGGAGAGGAGAUAGGGAUGGAGUGAUAUUCCUGGCCCCCUUCCCUGGGCAGUCUUUACAUUUAAUUCAGUGAAGAUUCAUUUAUCAAACUCCUACUGUGUGAGCAGGGACUUAUUCAGGUGCUGGGAAAUCAGAGAUGAAAAAUGACAGAGUCCUGGCUCUCCUGGAACUUACAGUCCACUGUCCUUCAGUCCUUGGCAUGUGGAGCUGAAGAAAUCUUGUUGUGGCAGGAGGUCUAUUUAUGGGAAGGACCUUUUCUAGCUCUCCUGAUCCCCCAUCCCAUCAGUUUUCAGUGAGCUUCCUUGGGCCAAACCUCAGGGGACUUCCUAAGCUUCCCUAGGCUUAGAGCACCUCUGGAGACCCAUCCUACCCUCUGACCAUCCCUGCUCCAGCCUGGCUACCAUGCUCAGGACUUACCCCAACUCUCUUGCCAGGAAAGGAGCACAGGAUCCUGAGAAGAGAGGGAACCAUCCAGCACCUGCCCUACUUGAGGAAGGGGCAAGGAGAACCAGCUGCCUCCCAAUCCCCAAUUUGCAAACUCGCCAACAGAUUUUGCCCAUAUGCUCUGGGGGCCUGGAAGAGGUGGGAGGACUUGUCCUAUCCCACUAGCCCUCUCAACCUUCUACCUGCGUGCAUUAAUAAAAUCUCCUUAUGUUCAA